AUGGAAUUAACCCAUGUUAAUAAUGAUGAAUCGUCAUCUUAUGUUGCUCCCAAUGAAUCUUCUAACUCACAAACGAAUAAUCUCAAUAGAAUUGUUUUAGUUAAAACUUCUGUCAAUGAUAUCAGAUCUGAAAUUCAUGAAAUUUCAACUGCUUUGCAUUCUAUGAUUCAAGCUUCUACCUCAUCCAAUUAA